GAAAAGAGAGAGGUGCGAAGAGAGACGAGAGAGAGCGGAACAGACAACCCACAGGAACACCACCAUUGACCCCCAAGCAUCCCGAGAAUGUGCCGGCCGAUAGAGUCACGCGAUUCGCUGGGCGCCAUGGGCCCGGCCGCCGUCGCGCUGUUCGCUGGCUACCAGCCCGCGGCCGCGAGCACGGCCAACAGCAUGGCCAUGAUGAGCCAGAAUGCCAAGGCGGGCGCCGCGCCCGCCUGGUCCACCACCGGCGACCUCGGCUUCGGCGCGGACGCGAUGAACAUGCUGAGCAUGGCGGCGCCGCCCCCGGCGCUGCCGUUCGUGUCCUUCCCGAAGACCAACAACCUGCCGGCCAUGCCCUGGGGCAACGCCGCCCCCACGGCCGACCUGAUGAGCCUGGGCAUGCCCAGCGACCAGUUCGUGGCCGCCCCGGCCCCCGCCGCCGAGGUCAAGCCUGAGGCGGCCGCUGCUGCCGCAGUGCAGCCCAACUUUGAGGCCCAGGAGCUGGAGGAGCUACUGGACUUCUCGAUGCCCGGCGACCUGGAGAGCGUCGGCAAGGACAAGCCCGACCUCGUGAACCUGGACGACGGCUUCGACGGCACGGAGAUGUCGAUCCUGUACAGCUUCCUGGUGGACGCGCCCGAGGACAAGAAGCAGGCGGCCGAGGUGGACGACGGCAUCCUGAACCUGAACAUGCUGGCGGGCUCCCCGAUCGAGGGCCUCAUGGAGUCGCUCGAGGCCGACUUCACGGACACGGAGCUCAUGCUGACCCCGCGUCGCCCGGAGCCGCACAUGGCGGCCCCCAAGACGGUCAUGCCCGGCGAGGUCAAGAGCCGUCGCCUCUGCAAGAGCGAGGGCUGCUACAAGCGCUCGCGCUCGAACGGCCUGUGCAUCUCGCACGGCGGCGGUCGCCGCUGCGCCGUGGAGGGCUGCGACAAGAGCUCGCAGGGCGGCAACCUGUGCAUCCGCCACGGUGGCGGCAAGCGCUGCAGCCACGAGGGCUGCGACAAGGCUGCGCAGUCGAACUUCCUGUGCAAGGCCCACGGCGGUGGCCCGCGCUGCCAGUUCGCUGACUGCACGCGCAGCUCGCAGGGCGGUGGCUUCUGCCGCUCCCACGGUGGCGGCAAGCGCUGCAUGUUCGACGGCUGCGACAAGGGCACGCAGCGCGGCGACUACUGCGCGCUCCACGGCGGCUCGCGUCUGUGCGAGGUGCCAGGCUGCAUGCGCAACGACCGCGGCGGAGGCCUGUGCGCCACCCACGGCGGCGGCAAGCGCUGCACCAUGGAGGGCUGCAACAAGCCGUGCCGUCGCAAAGGCCUGUGCUCGGCGCACCUGCGCCAGUCGGAGGCUGCGAAGUAAAGGUGGGUCGAUCAAGAGGAAGUCGGGCUACUGUAGCCAAAGAAGUGAGGACGAGCAGGUGACGGCUGUGAUGGUUGGACGACGACUCGAUGGGCCGACAAUGGAGGAGACAACGAAGUUGGGAGGAGGGGGGGGGAGGGGCGGAGUUGGAAGAUGGUGCAGCUGACGGUUCUGGUGGCUUUCCCCUCGAGAAUGAAUUCGACGCGCGCGCCUCCUUCGCUGUGGAACACAUUAGCGGUGUUGUGCAUGUGGUUAUAUUUGUGCCGAGUAGGGUCAGCCAAACACUAGUGUGCUACAGCCUCGGCGCUGCCGUAGGCUACCACAGGGUUGGAACUCACGACGUCGCCGAAGGCACUAAGUAACCUUCUGGCAAGAUCAGAUACUGCUUAGCAAUACAUAUCUUCAAAAUAUUUUUUUAACCCCGCAGCAAUCUGGCUCAUUGCGCCGAGUUUCCCAACAGGAUGGUG